CUGCGCCAGCUGUUGCUCAGCCAAGGCGCGUGGGCGAGGCUCACAAGCAAGAGAUCCGCACAGCAAGUGAGCACAGUGUAGGAAGCGCCAAGAAUCGUUCGCUCGCCGAGUUGCGUUCAACAGCUGAAGGAAGCCAGGUCGUCAGGCGAUGAAGAUCAAAUGCAGAGCGCACGCUUUGCUUCUCAACGAAGCGCACAUCUGAAGCAUCACCAUCAAGAUGCCGUCCUACGCGAUUCUUGGUGCUACCGGCAACGUUGGACAAGCUCUGCAUCGAAUACUGCUACAGUCCCCAGACAAUACCAUCAAUGCAUAUUGUCGCUCCAAGCAAAAGCUCUUCACCAUCAGCUCACAAAUUGCGGAACAUGCACGAGUUACCGUCUAUGAAGGAGCCAUCACAGACAUCGAUCUGCUCGCAAAUUGCAUUCGAGACACAAAGGCAGUCUUCCUCACCAUUGCCGUGUACGACAACGAACCGAAUUGCACUGUCGCCCAAGAUGCUUCCCGCGCAACUCUGGCAGCGUUCGAGAAACUACAAUCUGAGACUCCAGGACGAACCCUACCCAAGCUUAUCAUCCUCUCUUCUGCCAAGAUCGACAAACACCUCUCACGAAACAUGCCAGGUCCUGUACUCGCCAUCAUCAACCGAGCCACUUCAAACCAAGCCAACGACUUAAUCGCCGCAGAGUCAUUACUUAGAGAACACGAAGACUGGAUCGAAAUGAUCUUUGUCAAACCUGGAGGCUUAUGCCGGGACACGCAGAAAGGUCACAAGCUUAGCCUGGACACAGAGCAGACGCCACUUUCAUAUUUGGAUCUGGCAGCAGGCAUGAUCGAAGUUGCAGAUUCAAAAGAUGGCAAAUACAAAGGAAAGAAUGUUAGUGUGAUCCCUACGGGCGAAAAUCUUCCCAUUCCUUGGGAGAGUGGAUUGGAGGUUGUGAAGGGCUUGCUGGCGCACUACAUGCCUUGGACUUAUCCUUACACGGCUCCCUUCAGACUUUAG